AUUUCUCUCAUGUCUGGUUCAAUGUCCAGCUCAAUCAUGGAACAAAAUGCAACCAAUUCAACUGAAGGAUCUUGUGGCUUGUAUGAAAUGCCAGCUCGUCCGUUCUUCUUAUGUUUAUACACAGUAAUUUUUCUGGCAAGCCUGGUGCUCAACAGUAUUACAAUAUAUGUGUACUUUUGUAAAGCUAUACAUCAGUCCAGCAUCACAAUCUAUAUGAAGAAUCUGGCUAUAGCCGACUUGUUUGUGUGCCUGUGUUUGAUAUUACGCAUUGCUAAAUAUGCUAGCACUUCAAUGGAAAUUCAGCGUAUCUACUGCAACUUUGGUGCUCCCACUUCCUACCUCAACAUGUACUCCAGUAUUCUCUUCAUGUUCUACAUAGCUGCAAACAGGUACAUGAAGAUCGUACGACCACUGCAGACCCACAUGCUGCAAACAGUCCGUUCGACCCGCUACAUCUGCACCAUGACCUGGGCCGUCCUGUUGUGCCUUAAUUGUCCCUACAUUGUUGCAUUUUUCAGUGCUGAUAAACAAACCUUAGCCCACAGUGGUUUCGACUGUGACAGCUUUCAUAACAACUUUCUCCAACAGAUCUACUUGGCCUUGCAGAUCAUGUCCUUUGUAAUGUUUUUCUUUGUGCUGGUAUCCCUGAUUCUGUUUUACUGGCUGAACGUACGGAAGCUUUGUCAAGCGCAGUUUACGAUGCCAAAUCAGCAUGGUAAUUUUAAGCUGAGCAAGUCAAAGCGUAAUAUGCGGGUUUUGGUGGUCAUUUUCUGCGUGUGUUUUGUGCCGUAUCAUCUGGUGAGACUGCCAUACGUGUUCAUUAAACCCCUGCUGAACGACUGCACAACAGAGCAGGUUUUCUACUUCCUGAAGGAGCUGAGCGUCCUGCUCGCAGUACUAAAUGCCUGUUUGGAUCCACUUAUCCACUUUGUCUUUUGCAAGACCUUCAGAGCACAGCUUAAACUUCAGAGAUUUUGCUAAUCAUAUUGAGAUAUAAAGCUCUGGGUUAAAAGUAAAUAUUAAGUUGAAUUACAGGAAUGUUCACCCCAAAAUGAAAAUUCUGACACUGUUUGCUCACCAUCAUGUUGUUUCAGACCUGUAUGUGUUUCUUUCUUCUUUUAAACUCAAAAAAAGGAUGUGUUUAACAGUCGAUGGUAGCCACUGCCUUCCGUUAUGGAAGACAAAAAUACUAUGGAAGUCAAUGUGGACCAGUAACUGAUUGGUUACAAACAUUCUUUAAAAAAUAAAAAAAAUCUUCUACUGUGUUCAGAAGAAAAAGGAAAAUCAUACAGGUUUGCAACAGCUUGAGGGCGAUUAAAUGUAAACUUGAGUAAACUAUCUCUUUGCUUAUAUUAUGCUGCUUUAUUAUGGUCUCAUUUUUCACAACACUCAGCAUUGGGUGAGAGAGAAGACCAUCUAAAACUGUACUUGACAAACAUAACAUCCAUAUUUAAACCCGCUUUGAACCCCCAGUAAAUCCUCAAUUGGGUGACUGCAGGGAUUUAUAAUAAUAAAUUAGGAAAACCUUUCAGACAACUGGCAAAUGUUGGUAAAUGUUAUCAAGUGUUUAUUUUGUAAACAUUCUUUUUAUACUGUAAUUUAUUUGACUGGAUUUUAUUGUAUUUGUAAAAAUGACAAAGUAUUUAAAUUUAAAGUUACUUUAAAUUAUAGUGUUUACAUUACACAGUAGCCAAUUUACAUUGCGUAUGGCACUUAAAGUUAAAAAUAUAAUAUAGAUUUGUCAACCUAGUUUAAUAAAAAUACGUACCUCUGUGCACUUUUUGUGUAACACCGUUUUUACGUACUGUUGCACGUUUCGCUGCAAUUUCAAAAAUAAAUGUCUACUGAGUGGCACAAAAACACAGGUUCAAUACGUGAAGCCUGGCAAGUUUUUAUUAUGUUGAUAUAGGUACGUAUUGCUGUGUUUUUAUUGUGCUGCUUCUGGUUCAUAUUGCGGCGGAUCAGAAUUCAAAUAUCCGUGGACUGUUGCUAAAAGUUAAUGAUUUACAGUUUUGGGAAUAUGCCCUAAACCAAACCCAAACCUAAACCUAUUCGAUAGUGUUAUCAAAUGCAAAACUGGUAUAUAAACAGAUGUGCGACGUGAACGUUCAAAAGCAUCCGUUUUAAAAUCUCUCAGCAUAUUAAUACUGUUUUGUCAUAACAUUAUAUUCUUCAAGUAACUGUGCGAAAAUUAUGCUUUAUUAAUCGAAAGUACAUAUCACGGAAACUGCCAUGAUAUGUACUUAUUGGUACGUGUUUUGCUUCUCGAUAAAAAGUGCACCCAGGUACAUUUAUGCUAUGAGAACCAGGUAGAGAUUUGUCCUAUUGUCUCAUAUUUGUUGUACCUCUCACACCAUUCAUUGUAGCAUCAUUCAUUCUUCUGUAUACUUGUGUACGAAU